AGAUAUUCAAGUUGUGUCUCUUUAACAUGAAACAAAUCUCUUGUCUGCUUUCUGCUUUAGGAGGCCACUGGCAAUUGGCAGUUGAUUCCGAUUAGGUUCAGCCCCCUGUACUGUGGGCCUGUUGUGAUCAGGAACAAUGCCGGUCCGGUGGUUAAAGCUUGGAGAACUUUCCAGUUCAUCAGCCCCAUCAUCACCUACAUGCGUGGGGGAUCCCAGCAGGUGGUGGUGAGGAUGCACCACGUGAGUAGGGUGAGAGGCCUGGAGACUCAACUGGUGUGGGCCAUCUCCAAGGAGACAGCCAGGCUUAGUCCAGAGGGCAUCCCCUACUGUGCCACCAAAGUGCAGUCCAUCACUUGGAUCCAGCGUGUGGCUGGCAGGGUGACCCACUAUGCGUCUCACCUCCGCCACGAGACGUCUGUGGACGUGACGCUUGGCUGCUACCAGCAGACUGAUGUCUCAGUGGUGUACGCCACUCUCCACAUGGGGCUGGACGGGCUUCUCUCCUCUUCAGCGUGGUCGGAGGCUGCCUCCUUCUCUACUCCCACCACUCAGCAGUUCACUGACCCAGAGCCUGAGGGCCACAACUGCUAUGAGGGCUGGGAGGAGGACCUGCUGCCUGAGGAGAGGGAGGUUCCUCUGCUAAACCUCUACCUUACCAUCAAGAGAGUGGAGGACAUCGCCCUGAGGCUCGUCUCCUUGCGCCAGGCCUUCACUACCCUGCUUGGUUCCACCCUGAGCAGGAACCAUCUGUUUGUGGCGGGAAAGGUCCUCCUGGGCGGCCUUGUUCAGGCCAACCACAUGGUAACUCACUAACUCAUUCUCUUUCAAGGGAAAGAGAGCGUCCCUGAGGGGAAAU